CGCCUCGCCGAGCCCCGCUGGCAGCUGCAGCGGCUGCAGCCGAGGGAGCAUGUCUGCAGGCCGGGCCAAGAAAGUGAAGAUGGCCACCAAGUCCUGUCCGGAGUGCGACCAGCAGGUUCCCGUUGCAUGCAAAUCCUGUCCGUGUGGUUACAUAUUUAUCAGUCGCAAGCUCUUGCAUGCCAAGCGGUCGGAGAGGCUGCCGCCCUCUGCAGACAGCAGAGGUGAAGCGAAAAGAAGGCGGACAGAAAGAGUUAAACGAGAGAGGAUCAAUUCGGUGAUAAACAAAGACUUGGAAAACCGGAGAAGGUCACGAUCCAACAGUUGUUCAGAUCACAGUAGGAGAGGAAGGGGGCGACCGAAGACCACCACAGCCAAAAAGCACGAAGAAGAAAGAGAAAAACAAGAGAAAGAAGUCGACAUGUAUGCAAACCUCUCGGAUGAAAAGGCUUUUGUGUUUUCGGUGGCCUUGGCAGAAAUAAACAGAAAAAUCAUCAACCAAAGACUGAUUCUCUGAUUAUCUCGUUGGCUCGGGUGCGUGCAGCGGCAUUGAAGCCAAGUAGCGGAUUUUGGAUAUUUGGCAGCCUCUUGAACAGUAAAUCCUCUCAUCUCUAUCAAUGGAGAAGGAUGGCAGGACAUACAAUUCCCUGGUUGAAAUUCUGCUACGGAUGGCAGUUUUGGAAGUCUACAGACUGUUAUUGAUCCAGCUGUCUGCGGAGAAGCAAAGCGUUCAGCACUUUGCCUAUGGCGGAAGGAAGAAAAAGCGUCAUCCUUUAAAUUCUACAAAGACAGCUUCUUCGAGGAUGCACGCAGUAACAAACUGUUGUUUUUCCUUCCGGAACUAUCUCAAUUAACUUAAAUUUCCUCUGUGACAUAGAUUCUCAGCUAUAUCAAAACUUACACGUGUAUAGUUCUAAUCUUUUAAUAAAUCGGUAUUUU